AAUACAGGACAAGAUGCAUUACUUUCGCACCUUCGUCCACAUUAUUUAGCCAUUGCUUAUUCUUGGAUUGGCGUCUUGACACUGGAAUCUAGAAAACAAGCUAUUGGCGCAUUUAAGCGUGCCUUGAUAAUUUGGAGAAGUAUUUUAGCAAACAUUCCUCUAUGUUUUGAUGGGAAUACUGCUUCGCAACACGAUAUUGAAAGAACUAAAAAAAACAUUGAUGAUGUGGAAAGAUUCUACGGACAUCUUCAAAUGCUGUCUGAUUUUUUUGGAAUGUCAAAUCAGCCGAUCAAUCAUAUUUUGACAUUAAAGCUGAUGUUAGGACUAAAUAAUGGCAUCAAAGAUGAUGUAAAAGAUUCUUAUUCGGAUUCAGUAGCCUUAUACAUCCAGAUUGGUAAAAUUUACCUUAAUCUUGGAUAUACGGGUAAAGCUGGAUUGGCGUUUUCGCAAGCAAAAGUCAUUCUUGAUUCUCAUAGAUGUGUCGAUGAUGUACAUUUGUCAUGGAUGUUGGGAUAUAGUCAUUACCUAUGUGCUAUUGGAAACAUGGAUAAAAGCAUUUUGAUCUUUAACCAGACAAAACCCUUUGCUGAUCGUAGGAUUACCCAAAAUGAUGCCCGCCAUAGAAAACAUGAACAGUGUUUGCUGGCGGAUGCUUAUUUGGCGCGCUCAUAUAUUUCAAUACGUUUGGGUAUCUUGGAAGAUGCCAUUGUUUACUGCACAGAGGCCGUACGACUGCUUAACAGGUUGAUGAAAAGUAUUAAUAAAAGUUCAAGAUGUUUAAAGGAUCAAAUGAACGCAACUGCCAACCCGUUUCUUGUUGACGAUAAAACAACAGACGAGUCUAGUUUAGUUAAAGAUGGGAAUCAUAUCGGCGGAUUUUUGACGUUGUCAGCUCAACGUUUGCAAUGGCGUGUAACUAAUAAAUUUCUUGAAUGUUUUAAUCAACUUGGUCGGCUCCACAUAUUGCGCGGAUGCGCUAAAGAAGCAGAUUAUUUUUUCAAGGAGGCUUUAAAUUUAAUUGAAACUACAAAAGCAAAUUCUGCUAUGAGUCUUUUUUUACUUAACAUUGCUGAAUUAGAAUAUAGAAAGCAUUGCUGGAAAGUGAGUAAAGAAAAAUUGGAUAAAGCAUUAGAGUAUCAACUGAAGGUCGAUAUUUUUCAAAAAGAAGUUGCUUUGGCGAAUCUGUGCCUGGGUGACUUUAAGCAUCGAGAAGGCGAUUUCAAAUAUCUGCAAGGAGAUUCCAAAUUUCAGUUGCAUUGUUAUAAAUGUGCAUUCGAAUGCUAUCAGCACGCAAACAAUAUUUUGGCUGAUAUUAUGAAAGAGGAUUAUAUAACGAAGCUUGAAUGUACAGAUGCGAGCAUAUUUCAAACACCAACGUGUAAAAAAUUUAUCACAGAUUAUCCAACUAGCCCAAUUACUAAACUUACAGGUGAUGGUGCAGUUCAGUAUGAAUGCUUUUUACUUUCAUACAUGAAAAGCGAAUUGCUUCGUCGUCAAGGUUGGGUGUUAAGUAAGCAAGGGAGUGUCAGUGAGGGCAUUAAAUUGAUUGAACUCAGUUCAUAUUCAAAUCAAUCAUGCCUUGAAAAGGCAGAGCACUUAUUUGUAUUGAGCAAAGCUCAUAUUAUGAAUAUAAAUGAUACACUAAUGAACCAAAACCGUUUGGUGUUUGAUAAUGUUCGAGAUUCUGUAUUUUCCCUUCCUUUGAUGGGAAAAGCUAACAAAAAAAGGCCACGAAGGGUAUUUAAAUCAAAGACAGAGAUUUCAUCUAAUCUGCUCCAGGAAAUUGAUCAAGUGAUUGAAUAUUUAACAAAAGUUUAUGAUCUGGCCUAUGAAUGUGGUCCAACACAGCUAUUGCAAGAAACUUCAUUGAGUAUUACAAUGAUGAAUGUGAUCAAAUCUUAUGGACAAGAUCAAAACCUUAAUCAGUCUGAAGUGGCAACUAUGUGUGCUUAUUAUUUGGAAAUGACUAAAGCACUUACUACUAAAAGACAAAUGAUUGCUAAAUUGAAUGAAAAAUUACAAUUCUCCGUGACGUAUGAUGAUAUGCAAUGGCCAAAACAGAUUACAACAUCUACAUGCUUAAAUGACAUCAAAGAUUGUGAUGAUGAUUCAGACGAUGAAACUGAUUCUCAAAGGGAUUUUUUAAAAACUUUAUUAAAGCAAUAUACGAAAGAAUCAUCAUUAACUUAUGAACAGUUUCAAUCCGAAUUCUUGGACAUCUUACCGCAUAAUUGGGUUGUCUGUUCGAUUUCUAUUGAUAUUGAAACAAAUGAUAUGUAUAUUUGUCGAUACCGAAGAAAAAUAUCACCCUUAUUGCUAAGAUUGCCCUUGAAACGUCAGUCGAUCAGAGAAGGUGAUGAGGGUGGCUUUACCUAUAGUGAUGCGAUUAAGGAAUUCAAUGAUAUACUAGAAUUGAGUAAUCAAAGUAUGCGAGCUGGUAAAAUGUCACAGAAUAAACAUGAAAAGGUAGAAUGGUGGAAAGAAAGGACACAAUUGGAUUUGAGGCUUAAAGAAUUGCUUGAUAAUAUUGAGAAUUAUUGGCUUGGUGGUUUUAAGGGAAUUUUAAUGGCAAAUACACAUCAUGAUCCCAAUCAAAUUUCUCGUUUUAAAGAAAAAAUGGAUAGUAUAAAUUUUAAAUGUGAUGUGCGCAAACCGUCUGUUAAACAUCAAAUAAAAAACAAGCUUGAUAUUGAUGUAGAAUUAUAUAAGUCGUUACUUCGUUUAGGUGCAUAUCCCAAAGAUGAGGAUAUUGAAGAUGUCCUUUAUUUCCUUGUGGAUGCUUACAACAAAUAUAAUGACGAACAGAUUGGGUAUGAUGAAAUUGAUUGGGACAAACUCACUAUUGACGUUCGACAAAUAAUUUCUGGCAUUAAUUUUGUUGAAUCAUCUCAGACUGAUGAUCAGCAUGUGAUUUUGAUUCUCGACAAAAAUGUUCAAAUGCUACCAUGGGAAAGUUUACCAUGCUUGCGGUCUCAAGCUGUUUCGCGAUUGCCUUCCCUGUCAUUUUUAAGAGAUCGUAUAAUGUUUAUGAAUCAUAUCAAUAAUCAACAAUGCGAAUCGAACAUUUCGAACUACGUUAUUGACCGACGCAAGGCCUUUUAUGUUCUCAAUCCGAGUCAAGAUUUAAAGUAUACACAAAAUGAAUUUGAAGAUUUCGUAAAGAGUUUUCAAGGGUGGGAUGGAGUUAUUAGUCGCCCUCCUUUUGAACAGGAAUGCAAAAAUGGUUUGGCAAAUAAUGACCUUUAUAUUUAUGUCGGCCAUGGUACUGGAGAGCAAUAUAUUCGAAGUCAUCGUAUUAGAGCCCUUGACCGUUGUGCAGUUACACUGUUAUUUGGAUGUAGUAGUGGCCAUUUGUGUGAUGGAGGAGAGUUUGACCCAUCGGGUACAGCUUUAAGUUAUAUAAUAGCAGGCUGUCCGGCACUUGUUGCUAAUUUGUGGGAUGUCACGGAUAAAGAUAUUGACCGGUUUAGUAAGGCACUUUUCAAUCAAUGGGAAUUGUGUCCUGGUGAUGUAGGUAUUAAUGAUGAUGUUAGGAGUUAUCAUUCCAAGAUUGAUGUGAAUUCAAGAGGGGAAGUAUCAUUGGUACAAGCUGUAUCAAUGGCAAGGAACGAAUGUAAAUUGAAAUAUUUAAUUGGCGCAGCACCGGUUGUUUACGGUAUUCCUUGUUAUUUAUAG